CGAACAAGUGCAAGACACAGCUUGAAAAGAGAGUGAACUUUUAAACUCGCAAAACCCAUUCCUUUUUUUCUUUCUUGAGAGCUUAUACACACAAUUCACCUCAUGCCAACAACAAUUCCAAGACUCAAAUGCAUUUCACUCUUAAAUUCUUUGCCCAAACCAACAAACAACAACAACAUAAAACAAAUCCACUCCCAACUAAUAAUAAACGGUUUCAAAUAUCCCAUUUUUUUCGCCAAAUUAAUCAACCAUUACUCUUUAAUUUCACCAAACUCUAACAUUCUCUAUUCCAUUUUCCAUCACUUUCACACCCCACACUUACUCCUCUUCAACACUUUUGUUAAAUGCACCCCCCUUAACCACUCAAUUCACAUUUUCAAAACCCACUUCAUAAAAAAACUCAUUCAUUUCGACCAUCACACUUUCAAUUUCAUCCUUGGAGCUUGUGCCCGUUCCCCUUCAUAUCCAACGUUAAAACUAGGCACACAACUACAUACCCUCAUCAUAAAACUAGGAUUUUGUUCCAAUGUUUUAGUUCCAACUACGUUAAUUCAUUUUUAUUCUAACAAUGGAGAUAUUAAAUCAGCACGUAAGGUGUUUGAUGAAAUGCCCGAGAGAAACGUCGUCUCGUGGAAUGCCAUGAUAACUGGUUAUUGUUCCUUAAAAGAUGAAAAUAGAAAAAAUAUUGUCAAUGGGAUGUGUUUGUUUAAGGACAUGUUAAUGAUUUGUAGACCGAAUGAUACUACCGUGGUUUGUUUGCUUUCUGUGGCUUCUCAAUUGGGAAUCAUGGAAAUUGGUGCUUGCGUACACGGGUUUGCGGUGAAGACGUUGUGUAAGGUUGAAGAUGAUGUUUUUAUAGGGACUGGACUUGUUGAUAUGUACUCGAAAUGCGGGUGUCUUGAGAGUGCUUUGUCUGUUUUCUGGCGAAUGGAACGAAAGAAUGUUUUGACUUGGACCGCGAUGACUACCGGGCUUGCUAUUCAUGGAAGAGGCAAAGAGGCAUUGGAGGUUUUGUAUAAGAUGGGAGGUGAUGGUGUGAGGCCGAACGAAACGACUUUUACAAGCUUGUUAUCGGCUUGUUGUCACGCGGGGCUCGUUGAAGAAGGGCUUCAAUUGUUUCGUGAUAUGGAAGGGAAAUUCGGUGUGGUGCCUCGGAUACAACAUUAUGGUUGUGUUGUUGAUCUUCUUGGAAGAGCUGGAAAGUUGAAGGAGGCUUAUGAUUUUAUCAUGGGGAUGUCGAUUAGUCCUGAUUAUGUGAUGUGGAGGAGCUUGCUCAGUGCUUGUAAGAUUCAUGGAGAUGUUGUGAUGGGAGAGAAGUUGGGAAAGUUUCUUCUACAGUUUAAAGAAAAGAAUUACACAGAAUUUGAUCAUAAGAGUGAAGACUAUAUUGCUUUGUCAAAUGUGUAUGCUUCAGCAGAAAGAUGGAAUGAUGUUGAAACUGUAAGGAAGAAUAUGAAGAAUAAGAGUAUUUUUAGUAAAUCUGGUUUAAGUUCAGUUCAAACUUUGAGCAGUGCUGCAUUGUAAUAAUUAACAAUUCAUAUUGAAUAAUUUUAUAAAAAAAAGGUAUGUUAACAUGGUCAAUAAACUUGUCAGAUGCAGAAUGCAUGAAGUAGCCGAGAAUGGAAUAGUAGUUUAGAAAUAUCAAUGAUCAUAAAAUAUGGUGUA